AUGGCUAGAGGGCAGCAGGGCGCAUGGGGCACACAGGCCAGCAGGGCGCACAGGGCAGCAGGGCAGCAGGGCGCGCGGGGCGAACAGGGCUGCAGGGCGCGCGGGGCGCACAGGGCAGCAGGGCAGCAGGGCGCACAGGGCAGCAGGGCAGCAGGUCGCACGGGGCGCAGCAGGGCUGCAGGGCGCGCGGGGCGCACAGGGCUGCAGGGCGCGCAUGGCGCGCAGGGCAGCAGGACAGCAGGGCGCGCGGGGCGCGUAGGGCUGCAGGGCGCGCGGGGUGCACAGGGCAGCAGGGCGCACAGGGCAGCAGGGCAGCAGGGCGCGCGGGGCGCACAAGGCUGCAGGGCGCGCGGGGCAAACAGGGCAGCAGGGCGCACAGGGCUGCAGGGCAGCAGGGCGCGCGUGGCGCGCAGGGCUGCAGUGCGCGCAGGGCGCGCAGGGCUGCAGUGCGCGCAGGGCGCGCAGGGCAGCAGGACAGCAGGGCGCGCAGGGCGCGCAGGGCUGCAGGGCGCGCGGGGCGCACAGGGCAGCAGGGCAGCAGGGCGCGCGGGGCGCAGCAGGGCUGCAGGGCGCGCGGGGCGCGCAGGGCAGCAGCAAGGGCUGUAG